AUGACAAGCAUAUCCACAGCCGAUGGUACUGCCGUCCGAAUCGGGGCAACCACCAUGCCCACCAGUGAACCCUCAGAAUCAUCUCUUCCUGAAAGUACUCCCCCAACGCCUUUGUCCACGACCGAUUCAAGCCCUCAGCCUGAGCCGAAAGCUCCAAAUGCCAGCAAUGUGAGCGACAACGACCUGUCGGGAAGCUGGCCUGGCAGACCCACAUCCAUCGACAAGGAGACAGAUGUAGAAUCACCAAUUGCCGAUUCAGAUGAUGAGGAUGUCCUCGUCCACAAACCGGAAGACAGUGACCAGGAAAGUGUCGGUACCCUUCGGAAGACCGCCAAAGCGGAUGUGAGCGUCUUGGAUCAGAUACGGAGUCUACAGGACAAGCUAUUCGAACUAGAGCGACAUACCAAGGUACGCCCGGACCCCGCAGACCGCGAAAUCCAGUGGGAGGAGGAAAAGGAAAGAGUCGGUGCAGAUCAAGAGAAGCGCAGGUGGGAAGCGGAAAGACAACGAAGAACAGCGGCAGUCAUCCAGGAGGGUGCUUCCUUUGCGCUUGGGAAAAGCUGGUUCAGCAAAGUGGAUAACGAUCUCAGUCGACGGAUCUCCGAGGAGCUUGAGUAUAAUGAGAAGCUUCGGAAGCAUCGAAGGCGAUGGGAACGGCGCAAUUUCAUAGAUCAAGACUAUCAUAAGGCCGCCAGAGACCCUUACCAUGACCAUGACGAUGGUGAUGAUAGUGACCACUCAACUGACGGCUCCGACUUGUCCGGUGCGUAUGAAUGGCGACGGCGCACGCUACGAAAUGAUUAUGAUUGGGAGAGGGAGAACCUGGAGUUUCAGUUUGAAAGACGCCGCAUGAAACGACGUCGAAAGCAUGUUGUGAAAAUGCAACGUAAAGAAGAAGAGGAGAGACGAAUACGAGCAUCUGAAAGUGCUCGCCAGGAAGGCUCCAAAGAGGAGGACCAACCCACACCACGACCAGCAUCCGUUGUUGAAGCAGAGGAGCCCGAGGUUGAGCCUCUACCAGUACGAAUGUGGGCUUUGCCGGAGUCGAACCGAGUUGAGUGGGCCGUAUUCAAACGCCUUAGAAGAGUGGAGGAGAAAGAUUCCUACGCUAUUAAUAUCUUAGUGGGAGAACCUACCAUUGACUACAAAACGUUCAAACAGUACGGAACUUGGUACGGGAAGAUCUCGGGCCAGGCGGAGAAGGCCCAAGAACACAAGGUCCCUGUGAAGCAGGAGCUGAUAACUGGGAAGGCGCCACUUCCGGAGAGAAUUCGCAUUCAUUCCACUCAGAUUCUUGACAUUCUUGCACAGAUACACGGCUCUGAGAUAUCUAGCUUUCGCUCUAAGCAGCUAGAGCCGCUAGUCUUCAUUAGACCGUUCAAGGCACUUUUCUAUUAUUACCCAUUACUGCGAGAGUGGUGCCAGAAACUAGAGAUGAAAUUCGAUUUGCAAAAUGGCACCUGUGCAGGGGAUCGGCCCGAAGCCAAAACUGGUUCUUCAGAAUUUACACACAGCUCGACAAACGAGAUUAGGGGUAAUGAUGUCCACAACGAAGAAAGCAAAGAGCCAGUCACUUUCGAGCCACACCCAGGAACUGAGACGAAGAAUGGGGGGGAAGAUGGCGAAGGCCCAGAUGGCGAAGAUCCAGACGAUGAAGCAACUUCCAUAGUGGCGCUUGAACAUCUACAGUGCCUCCUAAAGUUUAUAGACUCAGACAUCUCACGGAAAGUAGAUUACUUAAAUAGCGCUGCAUGCCAGAAAAUCACCUUCUCGGAUAUCUGGUACCUGUUUAAGCCUGGAGAUGAAGUUAUCGGAAGUGACGGGAAGCAAGCAUAUCGCAUCAUCAGUGUCGUUAGUUCUGGGCACAAGGUCAUACCCCCCUGGCGGAACUAUUUUGACCAGUCAUCAGCAAAGUCAGAAGAGACACCUAUUACAAUCAAAUGUGUCUAUGUGGACUUUGAUGGCAAACAGCUGGGUCCAGUUUCGAAGCCCUUUAACAUUAAGAGGUUUGAAGGGGAGAGGGCAGUUACUUCCCUUGAAGUUUACCCUCUUCGAUUUCACCCCGCCAGAACGGUUGAGCCUAGUUCUGGUAACAGGGACCAAUCCGUGGCUCCCGAUUGCUCGCUCCGACAACGCCUCAUUGACCGAGGAAGGAAGUUCCUGGAAGUUGCUGGCGUCAAGCAUAUGUACUAUACUGGACUAACCCUAGAAACAAAGGAUGAGGUCGAGAGCCAGGUGGUCGUGGAUUUUGAGACCGCAUUCGCGGUGGUCGAAGAACACGGACGGGAGCCCUGGAAACCUAACCUUGAAACAAUCAUUGGUGCUCCUGAUGAGGUGGAGGAUAUCGAGUCCUGUGACGCAGAGUGUUGCCUGCGUGAGAACAUCCACGACGACUCUUAUGUGGAGGAGAAGCGGAAUGAAGAAUACAUGGGUAGUCUUCUUCCCAAGACCAGGGAUGAGUUGCCCUCAGUCGUCAUCUUUCCCCGGCUGUUGAGAGACACCAAGAGACCCCAGAAUGCGCUAUCGGACGAGGACCUAGCCAUUAUGUCCUACCGUGUCUUCGGGUUUGUUCUCCGCAGUCGAAAGUGGGCAAAAUUGGAUCUCACACAUCUUACCGAUGUCCAUGCACCCAGCAACGAAAAUGCCGGGGGUGAAGGUGGGAAGGAAACGGAGGAUGACGAGGAGCCAAAGACGGCCUUUGAUCGCCUUGUGCUCCCGGAUGGGCAUAGAAAGAUGAUUUUGUCACUCGUCGCUCAGCACUUCCGUGAUAAGGAAUCGUCAGCAAAUAAGAACGAUCAGACCGGUAUCGUGCGUGGAAAGGGGAAAGGAUUGAUUCUACUUCUUCACGGUGCUCCCGGUGUCGGAAAAACAAGCACGGCAGAGGAUGCAUUGGAGACUAACUUUGCCCUCGCUAACAGAUGGGGGUGUAUCCUUCUCCUCGACGAGGCGGAUGUCUUCCUUGCAGAGAGGACCAAGGAGGACUUUAUAAGGAAUGGCCUCGUAGCAGUCUUCUUGAGGGUCCUUGAGUACUACGCCGGCAUUCUCUUCCUUACCACCAAUCGAGUAGGCGACUUUGACGAAGCCUUUGCAUCUCGGAUUCACAUCAGUCUGUACUACCCAGAGCUGAAUCAGGAUAACACAGUCGAGGUCUUCAAACUGAAUUUGGGUUUGAUUGACGACCGCUUUAAGGCAAAGAAGAGGAAGGUCAACAUCGAGGACCUCCAGAUUGGGGCCUUCGCAGCAAACUACUGGAAUGAGCGCGAGAAUGAGCGGUGGAACGGCCGACAGAUCAGAAACGCCUGUCAGACUGCCCUCGCGCUUGCCGAGUUCGAGGCUCAGGGUAAUAGCCAUAAGACUCUCCAGAACCCGAAUGCAGUCGUCACUCUUGGGGUCAAUCAUUUCAGAAUUGUCUCUGAUGCGUACCUAGAGUUUACAAGGUACGUCCGAGAUAUCUUCGGUACCCAUGCCGCACGACGUGCAAAGGAAUCAGGACUGCGCGCCAUGUGGGUCGACAAGAGGGGGGACGUUAUUGGGGCUGUUGGUGCCAAGGGGGGCCAGUUUCGCCUCGCGUCCCUGGGUCAGUCGUCGGCCAACGACGCUGGCCAACAAGUUUACCAAGGUCAACAGCAGCCAAGCGCCCCUCCACAACAAACGUACCAAGGUGGUACUAGAAACCUGGCCACGCCCGCUCCCUCUAGCCAGUACUUGCAGCCCAGCUAUCACCAGGUGCAGCAGCCGCAGGAGAACCAGGGGUGGAAUCCGCCGACGACAGUCUCAGGGGACAAUACACACCCCCCGCAAUAUCAACAACCUCUGGCCCAGCCAUCGCCGCAGGCACCCUGGCCAUCCGGCUUCAAUAUGGCACCCACUUAUGCCCCAGUACAGCCAGGUGCUGGGAGUCAAUACUACGGAGGUACUGCCCCGGGUAACGUUGGGGUCAACCCAAACUUGAUAUCAGCUCCUGGGCAGCCUCCAAGUUUACCCCAGGAUCCCAUGAGCAGUCAGCAUACCCGGCACGGUGGUUGA